AUAUCCCAAUCCCAAGGAGAUAGAGAGAGAGAGAACAGAGAAUGAGGUGGUGGUGGCGGCGCCGUAGACCAUAAUGAGAACAGUACCAACCCAUUUCACCCAAAACCUUCUCCCUUUCAACGUUUCCCCAACCAAAAUUCUCCCUCCACGCGCCGCACCCCUAAUUCUCCACUCCAAUCGCAUGGCCGAGGCCGCACCAACCUCUACUACACCCGCGCCGCACCCAAUCCAACCCAAACCCCACGAUACGAACCAGAAUCCGCCGAAACAGAUCCCUCCGCCGCCGGAGAAGCCGGAGCCCGGCGAUUGUUGCGGCAGCGGUUGCGUACGGUGCGUUUGGGACGUGUACUACGAGGAGCUCGAAGAAUACGAUAAGCUCUACAAACAGGACGAUCCAAACCCCAAACCUUCGUAGUUCUCAACAUCGGAUGGGUAGGCAUCGUAGUCCUCACAAUUUUAUAGUUAAACUUCCCUUGUUUAUCGUGAAAGCUUUUUGAUUUUUUAUUGUUCUUUUUUUUUUAUUAUUUUAAAUUGAUCAAAUUGUAUGUCGAUUUGUAAAAUUAGAAACUUAAUUUUUUGAAAUAACAGGAAUUAAAUGUACGAUUUGUGUAAUAAUCUCGAUGAUUAAUUAGGUGAUUUACUUAUCAAGGCUUAACAUCACUGUUUCCUCAUUAAUUGUUAUUUGAACGAGUCAUGAUUCCCAAUGUAAUAGUAUGCUGUGUUUUUUGAUUGCCU